UUGAACCAUGGGCAACCAACAGUCGCAUGACAGGUUUUAUCAAGUGUUGAAGUGUUGAUUAUUUAGCAGUAGGUUGUUGACACACAUGUAGCGCCCUCGAUUUUGUUUUGCUAAUGCCAAGUAAAGAGGGAAAUAAUCGACAUAACAAGGCUAGAGACAGACAGGAUUUGUGUUUUAACAUUAAUUACCAUUACAACGUCAUUAAAGGAGAAUCUUAUUGGCAACCGAGCAGCAUUGUAGCCAGCGGUGUAGGCAUUGAAAAUAAGGAGUACGAGGCGUUUUAAAAACCCGAGAAGUGUCGUACAAUUAUGAUGGUGCGUAUGUAUAAUGCAAAUGUUCUAUUUCCUCGGAUGUUAUAUCGACCGGAGACCAUUGAUCAGGGCAUUUGCACUCUUUGGUAGGAAAUCAAUGCGCUGCUAGCUCGUGUACAGGCCACAAGUAGUCUUCAGACUAUAGAUCUCUUUACAUCUAUGCAGCCAUAGCUUUUCUUUUUGUUGGAGUGAAGGUUCGGUACUACGCACAUGAACAACGACUGAUUCACUGUCGCCGGGUGCACGCCAUCAGCUGAAUACAACUACAACGGAGAACCAAGUGAAGCGUAUCUAUCUAAAGAACAUUCAACUGAUAUCAUGCGGGAUAUGCUGCGUGUAUAUGUAAUCGUGUAUUUGUUUUCGCAGGUGAAAAAGGUAGGAAAGCAUAGCAACAUAAUGCCAGAAGUAAGUGUGACAAUGGUUUAAAAGGGAGACAAUGGAUCACCGAAACCUUUUCAUUGGGGAUGAAGCGUAAAUAAUCAAUCCAGUUGAGAUGAGUCUCAGAAAUUUUUGAGCAAACUGUAUAUGAAGACUGUAAAUAUCCCGCUAGAUCUACACAAUAAGGAUAGAUGCACGAUUCUGGACACCUGAAAAAUACACCACAACCAGCAACUGACUAGAUAUAGUGCGCUAAUUAUGGGAUUCUGAGAUAUUUUGCGUGUGCAUCAAUAAAUACAGCGGGUUCAUAGGAGUGAAAUAAACGUAGCAUAGCCUAUAAUUGUGAAGAUUGAUUUGACGGAGAUGGCACAACACAGGCAGACCUUAUCUACUGCAGAUAUCAGCCAGAGUUCUCUGAGCUUUAUAAAUAUGAGGAUUCAAACCGUUGGAAAUGGAGCGAACCCGGCUCAGAGCCUCCCAAACUUGGUCCUAGCGCAGUCCAUACAGUCUCUUCCACUUUCGCUGUUGCCAGCAGACGAUAAACUGGAAAGUGACACAUCGUUGAAGUCUCAGCAAUUAUGCGAUCACGUGGACAAAGGAUGGGCGUGGGUAACCAUGGUAGCCGGAUCAGCAUCUCUGUUUAUAAUCAACGGGUUUACGUACAGCGUUGGAGUGUUUUAUCUGCCAAUGCUGGAGGCAUUCAACGAAGGAGAGACCAUAACAUCCAUGGUGGGUUCAAUUUUCAUGGGACUGGCCAUGAUAGCAGGUGUGUUUGCCAGUAUACUCUGUGAUAAGCUAGAUUGUCGGAGAGGGUGUAUAAUAGGAGGCUUUGUGGCAGCCAUUGGACUGGGGGCCAGCUUCUUUGCCACCAACUGCACCUACCUCAUUCUAACAUUUGGAAUAAUUGCAGGGUCCGGUCUGACAUUUUGCUACACUUCCGUCCACAUCAGUGUGUCCCACUACUUUAACAGACGGCGGCCAUUUGCAAUUGCCGUCAUGCAAACAGGGGGCAGUCUCGGUCAGGUGAUCUGGGGUCCUGUUUUCCAUUUGUUUAUUGACCUUUACACGUGGAGAGGGGCGUGCCUCCUAAUGUCUGCCAUUAGUUUACAUUUAGUGGUCGUAGGAGCUCUACUGCGGCCUCAUGCACAGGAAUUCCAGCACAAAAAGCACAAAUCUGAUGCUCUAUUUGACUUUAAAAUUUUCAAGAACAUAGCCUUUGAUUUGUUCAUUCUUAAUGUGAUCUUCAUGUGCAUCACGCUAGGGAUGAUCUUCGUUCAUUACCCUGCAUAUGCAGUCUACUCCGGAACCUCGGAACACACUGCCGCCACCCUUCUCUCCGCCAUUGGCUUCACCAGCAUGAGUUUGAAACUGCUGCUAGGUGGCGCUCUGAGUCACCCGGAUGUUGACAUCUGGACGUUGUUCACAAUGUGCCAAACCAUUGUUGGCAUCACGACAUUGUUUUGUCCUCUGUUCAUGGGAUCCUAUUCCGGGCAAAUGGCGUAUGCUGUGCUUUUUGGAACCUAUUCCACUCCCUUCUUCAUUGGAGCUACGGCGCUCACGGUGCAGUACGUGGACGUAUCUCAGCUCGGAUUUGCGAUGGGAAUUCUGUCCUUUGCCUAUGGCAUUGGCUUGUUCACAGGGCCAGUAGUGGCAGGAUUUAUGUACAGUUUACUCAACUCCUACAAGGUGGCAGUGCAGUUGGCAGGUUGCUGUCUUCUGGUCAACACUGGGAUAAUGUUCCUGGUGACCAUCUUACAUAGGACCACAAACAUUACCCACAGUGCACCGGGCGAUGACGCAGUUCCGGUUGACAUAGAAGUUUGUGAUAUCAAGUAUGAUAUAAACGAUCUAAGUACUGGCAAAUGUGACGGCAAUAGCCAUCCCACAGACAAAGACAGCGGCUGUAAAAUCUCUGUAGAUCCUAGAACAUACAAAGAACAAAGGAUAUCUAAAGAUGCAUCGAUCUUACACAGUGAUAAAGAGGACAUUUAGAGGAGGCGCCGUAAAUUUGAAAAAUCACCCAGAGAGUACAGACCUCCACCAAGGCAGCUCAUUUCUUUUUAUUAAUUCAUAAGCUAAUUAAUUAACUGAUUAGUGGAUCACCACCAAAUCUGAAUUGAUUCUGAGUUAGUCCCUUAUUGACCUAUUCUGAAAUUUCAAAUCAAAUCCAUCUAUCAUUUGUUUUAUUUAGGCUAAAAAAAACACAACGAAGGCAAAAACGUGAUCUCCUAGGCGGAGGUUUCUGGUAAUUGAAUAUGAGAUGUGUCAAGUGACUCCGUUAUAGGAGUUUACGAGAGUCAAGCCGGGGCUUAUGGCAAAUUAUGUAAGAAAAAUCUUAUUUCAGCAUUUAGAUAUAUAAAUAGCCAACUUAAAUAUAAAUAUUAAAAUGCCGUCUAGUGGACCAUGCCCAAGGUACAUAUAACUUUGUUCCAAGCCUUCAGGAAAGCAUUGGUAUCCGCUCCACGGUUGAACAGUGUCGUCGUUCGUGUACGCUAGGCCGCGAGAAUGCUGGCAGAAUGUCGUUUUUGCGUUAUUGAUGAUAGAUUUGAAGCUGCAGAAACAGUGACAUACUCGAGCCAAAGUACAUGUCUUUUACCUCGCCCUAUUUUGUGAAAUUUCUUCACAUGUCGACAGCAGUUCCUCUAUUUAGAUAUUUGAAUUGUUAGGAUCGCGUUAACGAUCCAACAACGCAAUGAUUAAUCAUUUUUUAAUUGAAUUUGUACAUUUUUUUCGCGAUACAUGUACAUGUAAUUUGGGUAUGAUUUGGUAAUUACCAUUUAUCAUCAUAAUAGAACACAUAGGUUGCACAGUAUAUGGAGGCUUAUUUUUAUUAUUAUUUAAAUUUAAUUUUCUAUUCAUUUAUCGUAUGAUUCGUUUUUUUAUUUGCACCGAAUGCAAUGAUAUAGCUGAUUGUUAGAUGCACAUAAACGUGCAAAGAUCUGCGUUUAAAUGUGUGAAUAUGUGUGCAUUGAACAGAGAAAA